AUGUUUCCCACGCGCGUCCUACUGGGCCGCUCGGUCUGGAAAGGCCCGAAUAUCGUCCCUCUCCCUCUUCCUCGAACCUUUCCCCCUCCACCCAACACGCCGCCAAUCCGCACCCAGAAGCGCGCCGCAACCAUUCUGCCCAACUUUGUCGGUCUGCGCUUUGCUGUCCAUAACGGCAAGACCUACCAGGAGAUUCAGAUUACCGAGGAGAUGGUCGGUCGGAAGCUUGGUGAAUACGUCGCGACUCGCAAGCGUUUCACCUACAAACAGUCCAAGAACAAAUAG